AUGAAGUCAAUUGUGAGAUCCCAAACAGCCCUUGGCCCUGGAGAUGUUGUGGUAUCUCAAUUGGAGCUACAGUGGCAUGCGGGAAGGGGAUUCGAUUCGUCCAAUUACUUCGUCGCCCCCGAUAGGCGCGGAAUGCUUCGGUGGGAUUUCCCAAGGGCGCCGAUACAGCGCGGGCGCUUGCGAAAAGCUGGCUUGGAGCCGGCCCAGACGUUUUGGGAUAUGCAUCUAGACUCCAAGUUUUUUAAGUUGGCUGAAAUAUCUGCCACUGUUGAUCUGAUACUCUCAUUAUUGAGCAAUGAGAAAUGCAGAUUUGCCAACAUCUGCCAAACAUCCCCCUGCUGUAUCGUCUUAGCGCCGGGCUGGAAAUUAGCCGCUCUUUUAAAUACAUCCGUCGGAGGCUUUUGUGUCACUUGGAUGUGCUUACCGUACCUCAGCCAAACAUUGGGCAGAGGGGCGAUGCCAGUGAAUGAUGUUUCCCUCUGCUUCAACCAUUACGCGAUUCUCAGGCUCACAAUGAGGAUCAGCCAUGCGUUUGUUGCAAUCGUCGUUACAACAGCCGGUGUUGUCAUUGGAGCGAGUGUAUCAGAUUGUGCAACCAAGUGUUUCCAAACCGCUGUGAACGACAAUGCUUGUGGCAAAUGGCUAUCUGAUCCUGACUGUUGCAAGAGCAACGAUUUCCUUUCUUCUAUUGCAGGUUGCAUCUCUAUAGAGUGCAGCCAGAGCGCCUCGGAAGAAGCGUGGACAUAUCUCGCGGAACAAUGUGAUAAGGCCGAUAUUGCUAUUCCUCCUGAGUAUACUGACCCUGUUCCGCAAUCUUCGUCGACCACAAGUACAGAGACAACCACCACCACCGCCACUUCCACUUCCACCAUCACUUCUUCCACCGCUUCCGCAUCUGCGUCGACAACCGCAUCAACACAAGCUUUACCAACCGAUUCUCCAACAACGGGAACUUCUACCACAGGCCCCUCAGACACGGCCAUCCCUGGCAGGGGCUCGAUUGCCCCAACAGUCGACAAUGGAAGCGGCGGUCUUAGCACCGCUGCAAAGGCGGCAAUUGCUGUCCCUCUCACAUUACUCACUCUGAUACUACUAGCAUUGUUUCUUUGGUUCCGUCGACGACGACGACAAAAGGUCACCCCAUCCGGCAUAGAGCCACAGGAUAAUAAUCAUACAGAAGUUCAGGAAAUUAAGCCGCUGGCCUACGAGAUUUCAGGAACGGAAAUUAGCAGAAGCAACGACAGGUACGAUUGCGUAGCGGAAUUAGAAGCAGUCGAGACUAGUAGAGGUGGAGGGGCCCCGCCUCCUCCGAUGCGCAAUUCAAACUCAGCGUUCUCUCCGCAAGAGAUGAGUUCGGACACCAAUUUAGAUGGCCGCGUGCAGCAAGUCGGAGAACAAGUCGCUGGUGCCAACCAUGGCGACUCUGAUUAUCGUCCACCCGACCCUGACAGUUCGAGACCUCUUGAAACGGCGGCGAUACCGCUCCCAUAUUCACCACCCCCCACAAGCCCCGUAUCACCCUCGAGCCCUCCAAUAUCCCCAAUUGGUCCCUCAAGUGUCGCUAAUUUCUCCCCACAUCAGAUGUCACCGAUCGAGUCAUCUAACAAUGAGUCACAAAAAGCUUGGGAGAUACAAGGGCUUCUUUCGAAUCUAGAAGCGGUGGAACAACGGAAACGCGAGAGUGCUUCGAAGGCACGGAUUCUUGAGCAGGAAGCAGCUGCCGUACUAGCAGAAGAGCAGGCUCUGUUGGAGGAGAUUAGGAAGAAAACUGGACAACUUCCACAUGGAAGCGCAUCGCCAGGUCCUGGACCAUCCUAG